AAAAGUCAUGGUUAAUGAAAAUCGGAAAGUGAGCUGCUGCAACUUGACAUGGAUCGUCUUGUGAGCAGGUUAGGGGCUUCAAAUCAUUGUUCAACACUGCUGGACGAUACACACAUUCGGGAGACAACCAAUAUUGUUUGGUAUUCACUUUUAAGCGUUUGACUUGAUUAUUUCGUCUUGCAUAGCGGGAGCCUAUCAACUACUAAAUUUCCAACCGUCGAUCUAAACCAUGCCGCUCGGUCUCAUCUUUCCUCUCUAUAUUUACCCUACACCAACUGCCUGGAACCCCGUCUACGUCUCACUUAAAACCAACCCAAAUAUCCCGCACAUACUCAUCAUAAAUCCCUGCAGCGGUCCAGGCACUGCUCUUGACACAAACUACGCAGCCGCGCUUACGCAACUGCGGAGGUAUCCCAACGCCAUACUCAUCGGCUAUGUCUCGACAGCAUGGGGGAAGCGGGAUACGUCUGAUGUGCGGGCGGAUAUAAAACAAUGGGCUUUGUGGGAUGUGGAUGGAGUAUUUCUGGAUGAGUGCUCAACGGGAGUAAAGGAAAGCGACGUAUACAGGGCCUACAAAGCUUUUGCGAGCGAACUAUGGGAUGACGGCGUGGUGGUGAUCAACCCGGGUACACCUCCCAACCCUGUCUACCUGCUUCCAGACAUUAGCACCAUCUGUAUAGUCUGUGAAAACAACUACAAAGAGUGGACUCAAUUCCGUCCACCCGCUCAAUCCUCAUCAUGUGGUCUGAUUCUGCAUUCCACGCCUACAUGGUCCAAAGAGGAGCUCGACAAUGUCAUCCGAGAUGUCGUGGCGGACGGGUAUCAGUGGAUAUUCCUGACAGACGAUCCGAUGCCGAAUCCUUAUGAUGCUUUUCCGGGAUACUGGGAAGAGAUUGGGAGGGCUGUCGCAAACUGUGGCGGAGUGGAUGAAGGCUGGUAUGGAUAGAGAGUGACAUAGAGACAAGGUUUUUUGUUCGAUUCGUUUCAACCUUCCACGCAGAUUAGAUAUUACUGUUAAUUGAGAAUCUCUCUAUAUUCUACUCCAUGUAAAUUGAAAAUGCUUCAUAAUGUUCUCCAUGAUGAAUAUAAGAAAAAGAUAUCUCGUUGGUUGCAAA